AUGCCGACACAGAGAGUCGAUGAGAGAACACCCGGAGGAGAGGCCACCGAGGCAGCAGACCUAUCGGAGAUGGAGAUCAGCGAAAAGUCACCGAGUUGGCCGGUGUCAAGCAGGGAGGCAAGCCCCAUGGAGUCGCCAACCAAAGAGCAUCCAAGCCCCGUGGAGUUGCCGGCCAAAGAGCAUCUAAGCCCCGUGGAGUCGCCAGCCAAAGAGCAUCCAAGCGCCGUGCAGUCGCCUACCAGAGAACAACCAAGCAGCAGGAGGAUGUGUAUACGGUGCCUAAAAGGCUGGAGGAUUUAUGUGCAAGCAGAGGAGGAGAUACCGGAAUGCACAUUCGCCAAAGGUAACAGACGCUACAAAUGCAACGACUGCUCACAAAAGAGAGUCCCCUGUGACAUCGUACCACAACGGAUAAUCGCAAAGAUGGUGGCACGGAAGCAAGAGAUGGAGGAGCUGGAGAAGGAAAGCAGAGACAGUAAGGAGAGUAGGGAGGCGCGACAGCGGUUCAAUGAGGCAUACGCGCAAACUAUCCGGGAGCUACGGAACCCAAGACGAGCCACCGAGACGCUGAAAAGGGAAAACAGAAGAUGCCUCAGAGAGAGAUCAAAGGAGAACACACCGGAGAAACCGUAA